GUUUCAGUUUGGCGAUUGGCUCCAUCCACGGUCACUCGGCGGCGGUCGGAGAGCUGAGCGUCAUUUGGGUUGACGCUCACGCUGACAUCAACACGCCACUGACGUCGCCCACUGGAAACAUCCACGGACAGUCGAUGUCGUACGUCCUCCGAGAGCUGCAGUCCAAGAUUCCUGUUUUACCAAACUUCUCCUGGAUCAGACCGUGUGUUUCGGCCAAAGAUCUUGUCUACAUCGGGCUCAGGGAUGUGGAUCCAGAAGAGCAUUACAUCCUUAAACUGCUCGGUGUGAAGGUGUUUUCUAUGUCUGAGGUGGAUCAGCUGGGUAUAGCCAGAGUCAUGGAGGAGACAUGUGAUUACCUCUUUUCAAAGGUGAAGAAACCGAUUCACCUGAGCUACGACAUAGAUGCCAUUGAUCCUUCUGUUACCCCGGCAACUGGGACACCUGUAGUUGGAGGACUCACCUACAGGGAGGGAGUCUACAUCACUGAGCAAGUCUGUCAGACAGGUCUCCUGUCAGCAGUGGACAUGGUAGAGGUGAAUCCUCUGAGGGGUCAGACAGAGGAAGAAGUCCAGUCCACAGUUAGCACAGCGGUUGACCUGCUGUGCGGCUGUUUCGGACGUCUACGUGAGGGAAACCACCCGUCGGAUUACCGCCUGCCUGAGCCCUGACGAAUAUGACGCUGAUCUUUCCCGCUGCUAUUAUGGACACCUGAACUUCUCUCUAAUCACAAUCAACAGCUACACAAACAAUCAGAUUUUAACAUUGACACCCUCAGAGAUUUGAACCUGUAUCAGUGAACUGCACAUUUCACUGUACGAAGCCGUCUGCAACGCUUUCAACCAAAGAUCUGAUGUUGGUAAAUCAUCUUCCUGUGGAUGGACUGCUUACUUUCUGCUGCAGCAAUUUUAAAAGACAAUAACCACAAAUUAUGUCAUUUAUUCAAUAAUCUAUUGUUCCAGUUGUUUUUGAUGGCUUGGCUGAAAUAAAAAAAAAAAAAGCUACAAAGUGAAGUCUAAGUCCUUAAAAAUCCCUCCGUGCUCUCUCCCUCUCUGUGUAUUUUUUAUUUUUAUUUUAAAAUUUAUUCAACAACAUUAACAUAACACAUGUGUAAUAGUUGAAAAAAAGAAUCAAAGCGAACAACUAAACAAAUAUACAAAUGAACAAAUAUACAAUACCAGGGAUUAUGGACAGAACACAAGACAUAAAAGUGGUGCAAAAAAUAUAUGUAUGUGUAAAAAAAAAAAAACAAGAUUACAGAAAUACAUUAAAUUUGGAGCACACAUUCAGUGUGUUUACAGCUUUGCUGUUACAAGAGGCAGCUAUUGCUUUAACAUAGAACUCCACUUCUUUCUCUAUCUGUGUAGCUUCACAACUGCACGACACAGGACUGACAUUUUUCUGUCCUUGUUGGCGUGUUUUGUCAUCGGUCAUGACCUUGUGGGAGGAGCUCAGAGAGGCAGAGAAACGAAGCCGGAAACAGAUUUAAACCAGCAUCUGAACCAUCGCCUGUUUGUCAGAACUGUGAGAAACUGAAUCAGUGAAGAAGCCCGGAUGUUAAAACAAACUGUGGAGCUGCUGUUUGUCGAACAUGAAUGAGGCUGAAUACACCUGCGAAGGUGUCACCACUUUGUCCACGAGCACUGAGACAUCAUCCCUGAUCGGAGAGACGUGCAAAAGUUGGUGGUGACGGGGAUCCCCGACUUCACAGCAUCUUCCACGAUCACAGAGAGUCUUCAUACAAUGAAGAAGUUUUUUGAGACCAGGACAGAGGCCUCCAGACAGGUGACUGAUUGUUGGCAUGUUCACACACAACUGUGUAUUAUAUGCAUCUUGAGAACCUCUCCCUUUAAACCUUUGCUUUCCUCAGACACACACACUUCUACAUAGUGUUUGUAGGUUAUGUCAAAUUUUGUGUUUUUUUCUUAUUUGUUCAAAUAAAGACUUCUGAACACUGAA